AUGGUACUGCCGACCAGAGAGGGAAGGAGCUUGCACAGGGCCACACAGCCAACUUGUGGCACAGCUGGGACUGGGACUCUGGCCUUCUGGUUCCUUCUCGGGACCCUCUGGCUGACUGUCACUCCACUCUCUCCUCUAGCCUCGGGCUGUGGGCAGCCCUUCUACAGCCCCGUGGGCCGUGUGGUCAAUGGUGAGGAUGCAGUUCCCUACAGCUGGCCCUGGCAGGUCUCCCUGCAGUAUGAGAAGAAUGGAGCCUUCUCCCACACCUGUGGCGGUAGCCUCAUUGCCCCUGACUGGGUCCUGACUGCUGCCCACUGCAUCUCGGACUCCCGGACGUACCAGGUGGUACUGGGCGAAUAUGACCGGGCUGUGGAGGAAGGCUCCGAGCAGGUGAUCCCCGUCAACCCUGGCGAACUCUUUGUGCACAAGAAAUGGGAUGACAGCUGCGUGGGCUGUGG